UUCUCCUUCUUGCUCACUAGUCCUUUCCUCCCUUGACAGUAUAUUUCUUUGGCCAUGAAUGAAAAAUGUCAAACACUGAUAAAAAGAAGAGAAAAAGAAGAAAAUGAAGCUGCUGAAUUUGCAAAGGAUGCAAAAGAAAAAAAGAACAAAGAACAGAAAACUGUGGAUAAUAGAGAAGUUGCAUCACCUGAGGCAGCAACCACCAGUUGCCAUACUGGAGAUUUUCAGUUGGAGCCAAUGGAACUACCUCCUUUUGAAGUAAUUACAGGGGACAGGAUAGAUCCUUUUGUCUUUAAGUUCCAGUUCAAGAAUGUUGAAUACUCUUCAGGACGCAACAAGACCUUACUUUGUUACUUGGUGGAUAAAGGAAACACAUCAGAUGGACUGCUAAGAGGCUACCUGGAGGAUGAGCAUGCUGGGACUCAUGCUGAGGAGGCAUUCUUCACUCAGUGUUUGCCACAUUGCAACCCUGCACUCAAAUAUACAGUCACCUGGUACGUGUCCUCCAGUCCCUGUUCAGCUUGCGCUGCAAAGAUAGCUGAACUAUUGAAGGACCAGAAAAAUCUCAAAUUGAAUAUCUUUGCUGCUCGGCUGUUUGAGUGGGAGGAAGGAGAGAUCCAGGCUGGGCUGAGGACCCUGCACGCUGCAGGCUGUAAACUGAGGGUGAUGAAGCCUCUAGAUUUCUCUUAUACCUGGGAUACAUUUGUUGAGAAUGAGGAUCAGUCUCUGAAUCUGUGGGAGGACUGCAAAGAAAAUUACGAGUAUUACCAUGAAAAACUGUCUGAUAUUCUAACACCAUAAAUUCUCAUUUUCAGCAUUUUGCCUUUAUUAGAGCUAUAAAGUUAUGCUGAUAUCAAGUGCAGAAGCUCCACAGCAGAACAUAAUUAUGGAUGCUGUGAUACUAAAUCUGUUAUCUGCUUUGGCAUUAUUUAUAUCACUCUUUAAAUAAUUUCUUUACAGUUCACUUCAGGUUCAGAGAGAUACACAGACAGAAACUGAGAUAUUUUUCAAAACAAGAGCUGAAAAUCCUAAUUAAAAAAUACCCCUGUAUGUGUGAAUCUAGCCUUAAUGUCUGCAGAAAACUGGGAUUUAUCAGAUGACCACAGGUAAAAAUGUUGUUUUAAGCAGAUUAUUGUUAUUUGUUUGUUGUUGUUGUUGUUAUUUGACAUUUUUUACAUUUCAAAUAACAAAGUUUCACUGCUUUGUCACCAGUUUACAGUGAGAAAUAAAAAAUAUAAGGA